AUAUCUGGCAUUGAGAGUAAAAUGUGUUAUUAUAAUGAAAAAUGUGUUAUUAUAAUAAAAAAGUUACACACGUACCAGGCGUGUGAUUUAUAUGUUGUUCUCUUCGAGUUCUAACUCUUUCUGCGAUCGAUUUGAUUUCACGAUAAGAUUUGUUAGGUUUGCAUAUUCACUCCGGCGGGAAAAUCUCAAACAUCUUGUCAGCAAUGGCUUACGGUGCGGCAAACAUUCACGGUAAAUGUAAACUCAUGAUAAACCAUCAAGGUGGUAUUUAUGACAAUGGAAAAGAGCUUCCUCAAAUUUAUCGUGAGCGAAUUCUUGACUUGAAUCAUCAAGGACUAUCACAAAGAGCAAUCGCUGACGAAAUGCGUAUUAGUAUUGGAUAUGUGAACAAAGUUGUUCGACAUUACGACGAGCAUAAUACAUCGCUUCCCCAAUCCCGACGAUGCCCACCAAGAGAAAUAGUAAUACCUGAAGUAGCAGAAUACGUAGAAGUAGAAAAAUUAUGCCAACCCAGCAUAUACACAUCUGAAAUAAAGCAUCGUUUGCUACUUGAUGGUGUUUCCCUGCCUGGAAAUUUGCCAUCCGAUUCUGCGAUCCGUAAAUGUGUGCGAGAAGACUGCAUGAUGACAAGAAAAAAAAUUACACAGGUGCAGUAGUAUAGGGAAUGGGGGUAUCAGCGCAAUCGU